UGUUGAUAUGACGGCCUUGUGACUGGUUAAAGUAGGACUUCUCCAAAUCCGGCGUUCAUAUCUUAUCUACAGUCAGACUGCUGUUCUGUUCUCUAUAGGCUUCCACCAUGUUUCUGCAGAUCUUUGUAUUUUUUGUGCUGUUCGAAAGUCAAAAUGUAUAUGGAGCUGGUACUCUUCGUUUUUCGCAUUACUUUCACAGUCACAUGGUGCUUCAAAUGGAACCAGCAAAGGCACAGCUUUGGGGAUAUGCUACAACCAUUGGCGACACAGUUAACAUAAAAUUAAAUGGGACCGCAGCAGGUUCAGCAGUCGUAAACAAGCGAACGGACGGUCAUGCAGGUGGGGUAUGGUCGGCAUUGUUACCUGCUCAUAAAGCUGGAGGUCCAGUAACAAUAAGUAUCACAUCACAAGAUGGGCAUGCGGCUCUAUUUGAUGUUUUGUUCGGAGAUGUCUGGAUCUGUUCUGGUCAAAGCAAUAUGGCGUUCAGUUUGAAAGAUGUAUUCAACCAUAGCGUUGAGUUGGAGCACACAUCUCAUUUUAACAACAUCCGGAUAAUGAAGGUCAAUCUAAGGUCAUCCAAUACCACUAUGGAGGAGCCAGUGAUUGCAUUACCAUGGCGUAAACCUAUUGCAGAUAAAUAUACCGGAUUAUUUUCUGCGGUGUGCCUGUUGUACGCCGUUGAGUUGGCCCCACAUAUUAAUAGACCGAUUGGUCUGGUACAAACGGCAUGGGGAGGAACUCCAAUAGAAUCUUGGUCAUCUCCUGGUGCCCUGUCAACUUGUUCACAUAGAAUGAAAAGAGGGCCUCAUCAGCAUAGUGUUUUAUGGAACGCAAUGGUCUACCCGCUGUUAAGGGCUACCAUAUAUGGCGCUAUAUGGUAUCAAGGUGAGGCAAACUCCAGAGCUCCUGAAGCAUAUGCAUGUCAAUUUCCCGCCAUGAUUGACGACUGGAGGUCAAAGUUCAACGCAGCUUCCCAACUUCAAACAGACAAACAAUUUCCUUUUGGAUUUGUUCAGUUAGCUGCCAAUUCCAACAUUACCUUACACGCCGGAUUCCCGGAUAUACGGUGGUCUCAGACUGCAAAAUACGGAUAUGUACCAAAUCCGCGUCUCCCGAACGUGUUUAUGGCGGUCGCAAUGGACCUACCGGAUUACAAUUCUACUCGUGGGACCAUACAUCCAAGAGACAAACAGGAUGUUGCCAAGCGUCUAGCUCUGGCUGGAAGAGCCGUGGCUUACAAAGAGACUAACUUAGACUUCCAGGGUCCUAUACCUACUAGCAUUACACAAAUGACUAAUAAACUGGUGAUUGAGUUUGACCAUGGCAACAGUGCUAUAGAAGUCCGGGCAACCGACGGAUUUGAGCUCUGUUGCGGAAAUAAUAUUCACCACAAUUGCAGUUAUAAUGCCUGGAAACCAGCUCCAAUUGUCGCCCACGACCUUAGUACAGUCACUAUAAAUACGGCCGCAUGUCAUGGUAGCUUACACGUUGUGGCAGCAGUGAGAUACGCCUGGGAGAUGAGUCCAUGCGAGUUUAAGAUGUGCCCUCUCUAUGACAGUACUAACGAUUUACCGGCCGCAACAUUUGUCAAAUACGCUCCUUUUAACUCACAAUAAUUAUAUUUAUAUCAUGUUAUAACAAUAAACCAAAAAAUAUUAUAAUA